AUGGCAUUUUGGAAUAUCAGAGGCUUUAAUAAGCCUCUAAAGCAGAAUGGAGUACUGGACUUCAUUCGGAAGAAUAAAGUAGAUGUUUUGGGUCUCUUAGAAACCAAACUGAGUAUGACUACUCUUGAUAAUCUGAUGAAGAGGAAGUUUCAAAAUUGGAAUCAAAUAAAUAAUUUCAGUCUUCAUAAAGGGAGAAUUUUGGUGCUAUGGAACCCUCAAAGGAUUCAACUUCAAGCUAUUGAGUACAGUGCUCAAGUAAUUCAUUGCAGUGUUAAAUGUCUAACUACUUUAAAUGAUUUUCGAGUUAGUUUUGUUUAUGGCUUUCACACUAUAGUCAACAGAAGAGAGUUGUGGAGGAACCUUGUUCAAACUGGUAUGGAUUGCUGUCAUCCUUGGACAGUCAUGAGGGAUUUUAAUAAUGUGCUAAACUCAUAUGAGAAGUUGAAUGGUGUUCCUGUUACAGCAUAUGAAACUAGGGAUAUCAGGGAGUGCUUUAUGGAAACUGGAUUAAUGGAUAUGAAUUCUUCUGGUUGCUUUCUAACUUGGUCAAAUGGGAAGACUUGGUGCAAGCUCGAUAGAGUGUUGGUUAAUAAUGAAUGGAACCAGACUAAUUUUGGAGUUCAUGCUAACUUUCAGCUUCUAAGUUUAUUGUCAGAUCACUCUAAUUGUCUGGUUUCUUUGUUUGAUAGUAAUGGCAUGGGAAGAAGGCCAUUUAAAUUCUUCAACGUGUGGACAGAUCACCGUGACUUUAUGGAGACUGUUAAAAAAGGGUGGGGAAUUAAAUUCAGUGGAUGUAAAAUGUUUCGGCUGGUGAAGAAAUUGCAGGCUAUGAAGUCCCCUAUAAAGAAUUUGAAUGCACUGCACUUUUCUCAUAUUUCUACAAGAGCAGAAAAAGCUAAUGAAGAGCUGUUGGAUAUUCAAGAAAAAUUACACAACUCUCCUGAGGAUUUGGGGAUCCAGAUGCAAGCUGCGAUAAAAAGGGACAGGGCCAUAAAGCCAGCUAAAGCAAACAGGAGUUUCUUAAGUCAACAGGCUAAAAUUAAGUAUCAAAUGAAUAGUGACAAAAAUACCUCCUUUUUUCAUUCUUUGAUGAGGAGGCAUGUAAAAAGGAAUCAUAUUGUUUCACUUAUCAAAGAUAAUGGGGAUCCUACUACUUCCCAGGAUCAAGUGGUAGAGGAAUUCAUUAAUUAUUAUAAGAAACUCCUUGGGACUGAGGUUCAAUGCACUCCUGUGGAUCCCCAAAUAAUUGGCUAA